UGAAUUACUUUUUAGAGUGCUGGACUAGGAUCCAGCAGGACCAUAGAUUAAAUAAUAAUAAUAAUAAUAAUAUCUAUAUACCUUUUAUAAAGAAAGCUGCUUUAAAGAUUUUUUUAUUAUUAUUUAAAUUGCAGUAAACACAUAUAAAUGUAUAUUUUAUGUAAAUUCGCCGCUGAAGUGAAAUGCAAUGCCUCAUUUGUUUAUCACUUUUCAAACUGCUUUAAAGAAUUUUUUUUUUUUUUUUUUUUUUUUUUUUUUUUUACCUCAGUUUCAGUAAACAUAUAUCGAUGUAUAUUUUACGUAAAUUCGUCGCUGAAAUGAAAUGCAAUGCUUCAUUUUGUUCAGAAGUCAUUUUAAAAAUAGGCAUUUCCGAUGCAUUUAGCAGGGCUCUGGCAUCACAAACCUCACAGGCUGAGGCGAUAAAGCAUUUAUCAGUUCCAAAUCUCUUAAAACUAUCCCACUUUUGCAUGUUUCUCUAUUCAUUUGAGCAGCAGCAUGUGGCAGGAGCAGCAGCAUCUCCAGACGUAUGUCAUAUGAGACAUGACUGCGCGUCACCGCUAUUUUGGACACUUUGGAUGGAGUGCAGGAGGAUGCGCACGAGGACGCGCCAGAUCUAUACUUGAUAGAGGAAUAAAUAUAUGUCUCAGACUAAAGUCUAACUGUUUAAGAAGGAUAUCGCAUUAAGUUUAUCAUGGCUGGUCCUCAGAGUGGCUCAAACGUAACGCGUAAUUUCACGAAUCAGUUCGUGCAGCCGCCGUGGCGUGUCGCGGUCUGGUCGGUCGCGUACAGCUCCGUGCUCGCGGUUGCCGUGUUCGGAAACCUCAUCGUUAUUUGGAUAAUUUUGGCUCAUAAACGGAUGCGCACCGUUACCAAUUAUUUCUUGCUCAACCUGGCGUUCUCCGACGCCUCGAUGGCCGCCUUCAACACGCUCAUCAACUUCAUUUACGCCACGCACGGAGAGUGGUACUUUGGAGAGGUCUACUGCAAGUUCCACAACUUCUUUCCCGUGACCGCCGUGUUUGCCAGCAUUUACUCCAUGACAGCGAUUGCAGUCGACAGGUACAUGGCCAUUAUUCACCCUUUGAAGCCUCGUCUGUCAGCCACCGCUACUAAAGUGGUGAUUCUCUGUAUUUGGGCCUUGGCGGUGAUUUUGGCUUUCCCGCUGUGUUUCUACUCUACCACGAGAACUAUGCCUCGCAGAACCGUCUGCUACGUUGCCUGGCCGAAACCUGCUGAGGAUUCAUUCAUGUAUCAUAUCAUAGUAACGGUGCUGGUGUACAUGCUGCCCCUAGUGGUGAUGGGUAUCACCUACACUAUAGUCGGGGUGACACUUUGGGGAGGAGAGAUUCCUGGAGAUUCAUCGGACAAUUAUGUUGGACAACUGCGUGCUAAAAGGAAGGUGGUGAAGAUGAUGAUUGUGGUGGUGGUGACUUUUGCCCUCUGCUGGUUGCCCUAUCACAUCUAUUUCAUUGUGACGGGCUUAAACAAGCGCUUGAACAAGUGGAAGUCCAUCCAGCAGGUCUAUCUGUCUGUGUUGUGGUUGGCCAUGAGCUCCACCAUGUACAACCCCAUUAUUUACUGCUGUCUGAAUGGCAGGUUUAGGGCCGGCUUCAAAAGGGCCUUCAGGUGGUGUCCCUUCAUCCAUGUAUCAAGCUACGAUGAGCUAGAGCUCCGUCCCACCCGUCUCCAUCCACGUAACCAGAGCAGCAUGUGCACCCUGUCACGGAUCGACACCAGCGUCCACGGCGAUGACCCCUGCCGCAGCAACCGAAAGAGCACCAAGUCCCAGUGUCAGGUCGAGGUCAAAGACGAAAACACGGCAGCUACUAAACUCUGUCUUCACAGAGAGCCAAUGUUUGCCAGCGAGCAGCUCAGCUGAAGGGCCCGACGUGCAUCUGAUCGUGCUCUAUUAUAGUCAUACUAACUAAAUAAAACGUGUAUAAUAAAUGAGACACAUUUCUGAGCAUGCAGUGAGAGAGCAAAUGCCCUCAAAUCUGCAGUAUGAUGAAGUAAUACUGCCUCCAAGUGGUGAAUUCUGAACGUUUUCAGUGUAGUCCAGCUUACUACUGCAUGCUGCCUAGUAUAUACUGCAUACUGCCUUCAAUUUUUUUAAAAUAGAACAUUAGUACACAUUAUGCAAUGAUAAACAUAAAAAAUAAUAUACUACACUAAAGGUUCAUGACCUCAUCACGUUGUAUGAUCAUCCUGGAAAUAAAGCUGUUAUUUGCUAAAUUUGAUGCUGAAAAAAUGAUGCUGAAAUUCAUUAUGCUUCUGGUUCGUUCAUCUCAGUAGAAAUGAAGAGUCAAAUCAAGCAUACCUAGCUCAGUGCUCUGUUGUGAACUGCACAUUUUGAUCUUAAUAUUACAUGCAUAUCGAAAUGUAAUAUUGUGCAUACUGAACAUAGGCAGCGCUUGUCCCUCUGUACUGAAGUAUAUCUUAGUCUAAACUGAGAGACUGACUUCAAAAGUGUAACUGAAUGUAAAACUAAAUAACAUAUUCUGAGUCAACAAUCUUUGAGCCAGGUUGUAUGAUGAAUCAGAUGAAGCAAAGUCAUGAAGCUAUGUCAGAAAAUAAGUUAUUUGUGAAUUUCAUAAAACCAUUCUCACAUACAUUGGUGCACAAAACUGUUUCGUGAAUAAGAUCCAAUGAAUGUACAUAACAGACUACAAUAACUUGACUAUACAGUUUAUUUUUGUGUCUUGUUCACGUUUGAUAUGUUAUAUACUAUAUUUAUGAUGUAGUGUUUACACCACUGAUAAUGUGCUUAUGAUUUUUAUUGUAAAUAAUGUGCAAAGUAAACUUUUUAUCAGUCAAUCGAAAAUCACAGUCCUAAAAAAUUAAUAUAGUAAAACUGCUGUCACGUUUAAAUACAUUGAUGAUGUUUUUUUUUAGCUUUUACGCCUGCUUUGUUGUAAUGAUUUGAUCUCAACUAAAGAUAUUGUGUGCAAAACGAAUAAUGUUGUUAUGGUCACAUUGUUUGAUGUUGAGUGUGAACAACAAAGAUUUAUUAAAGUGAACAACAGAAA